UGUACAUCAUAAGAACGAAUGUAUUUCGUCAGUUUUGUAUUUGGAAAAAGUUUUUAUCUUUGUGUUCUCUCCGCUUCUCUCUCAGGCUAUAGAGAUUGUUUGGACGGGAGCGAUGAAAAUACAACGAUCUGCCGCGAGUAUGUGUGCCCCGAGCACACGUUCCGCUGCUCGUACGGCGGUUGCGUUCACCAGGAGGUGAUUUGCGACGGUGUAAAGGAUUGCGUCGACGGCACCGAUGAGGACUCGAGCACCUGCGCGACUGCCGACUGCGAGGAUCAAGAAUGUUCGCGAUGCCGAGGUGAAGAAUUCGCGUGCGAGAACGGACGACAAUGCUUGCCGACAGCUAAAGUGUGCGAUGGUACUCGGCAUUGCGCGGAUGCUUCUGACGAAACUGCAGAACUGUGUGAAGCACGUGAAUGUCCUGAAAAUUGGUUUCGCUGCGCCUACGGCGGAUGCAUUCGAUCGGAGUUGAAGUGCAAUUCUCAACUGAAUUGUCACGAUUGGAGCGACGAGGAUGAAUCGCUAUGCGGGAUAACGUUGCCCGAAGGUGCCUGCCGAUUGCCCGCCGCAAAAGCAGGGACCCAUUAUAUCGUGAACGAGUGUUCCAGAUGUCGGCCGGGCGAAGUUGUUCCUGAGCUCACUCGUCUCGAUUACGCAUGCGACGCCGAGGACUCCUUACAAGGUGCCAGUGAAAUUUAUUGUCAGAAUAACCGGUGGUCUCCCGGUAUUCCGAGCUGUGUAUUGAGAAAUGAAACGGACGGAAUAACGUGCCCGGCACCGUCCGAGGCGCACGAUACGAUUAAACGGUGCGAGGCAAUGUGGGGUCCUCAUAAGGGGUGGCUACCUUGCAAUCGACCCCUUCCGGUUGGCACGCGAGUUUUCCUCGAAUGUCCGGCAUUUUACGAACGUCGCAAAGGAUCUUCCAGUGUCAUGUGCCUUCACGACGGCACGUGGAGCCAAUCGUUUCUGAGUUGUACUCCAGUCUGCGGGAUAAGGGAUUCCACAGGUUUGACAGCGGCGGCUAUGAUUGUAAAGGGGUGGCAGGUCGAGAGGGAGGAGACACUGCCCUGGCAAGCCACCCUCUUUUCGCACGAGGACGGUCAGUGGACAUUCUUCUGUGGCGGCACAUUAAUAGCGGAACGGAUCGUGCUAACUGCCGGUCAUUGCGUUUGGAAGACCGAGGCAGACACGAUGCGCGUAGCUUUAGGAAUUCUUGUGAGUGACUUGAGUCAAGCGGGGGAAAACGCGCAAGUGAUCGACGUGGAGAGUAUCGAGCUGCAAAGCGCGUAUCAAGAUCAUGAGAGUAACUACGGUUCGGACAUCGCGUUGUUGAUUUUGAAGAAAACUGUGACCAUCAACUCAGUCGUCGGACCAGUUUGCCUUCCUUUGCAUUCCGAUACGACGUUACUCGAAUAUCAGCGAAACGGUGGACUUGGAUUAGUUGGUGGUAUGGGGCUGACGGAGAAUGAUACGUUUAGUUCGGUCUUGAGGAUAACUACAAUGAAAAUUAUUUCCGACGACGAGUGUCGUCAGCACCAAAACCGGGACUUUCGAAAAUAUUUAACGUACACUUCCUUCUGCGCCGGAUGGGCAAAUGGUACUGGGGUAUGCAAUGGAGACAGUGGCGGCGGUUUGGUGCUUCAGCGACCGAACUCCAGUAUUUGGGAGGUUCACGGAAUCGUUUCCAUAAGCCCACGAAAAUUAGGUACCAACGUAUGUGAUUCGAACUUCUAUGCUGUUUUCACAAAGGUUGCUAUGUACACAAAUUGGAUUUACGAAGUGAUUGAGAGCAUACCUGCAAUUGGUUUACUUGACUUUGAUCGACAACCAAAUAGAGACGACAUUAUUAUUUAAACAAUUAUAAAUUAAGUUAAUUUUAAUUAUAAUAUAUAUUUAAAUAAACAUAAAUUUACAUAUUUAAUUAAAUGUGGCUCAUUUUAAUUUCUU